AUGGCUCAAAAGAGUAAACCAAAGCCAAAGCCAAACUAUGAUCGGAAAGCAAAGCACCCGGACUAUGUCCAAUUUCGGUGCAAUGCCUAUGCUUUCAACAACAUCAUUAGAGACAUAAAGGACAAGCUCAAUGAAAGGCAGAAGAAGCUUCUCAAGAAAACCCCUUUCUGGAACUUGAUCAAGCUGUUUUACCACCAAAGAAUCGACAUGAAUAACAUGAAUAAGUCGGACCUUGACUUAGUACAGCUGCUCAAGACAUUUGAUCCGGAUACAAAGUCCUUCAAAUUUGGAACCAAAUCAUUCCAAAUCACAGGCAAUGCAGUGACACAGAUUCUAGGACUGCCAAAUGAAGGCAAAUCUGUCAAACUUGUCAAUGAUAGGUACACUGCUACCUUCAGAACAAGGCACUUUGGAGAAAAGGGAAAACCAUCAAAAAACCAGGUAGAAGCAGAAUUACAAAAGACAAUUGCCUUGGCAAACCAACCGAAGAAAGAAAAGGCAAAGACAGAGCAAAAGAAAAAAACGAACAAAGGAAAAGAAAAGAAAGAAGCUGAAGAAGAAGAAGAAGAAGAAGUCGAUUACGACAAGGAGGUGGUCAGCCUAAUAUUGAUUCUGCUGUGCAUGACAUUCCUUUUUGCCAACUCUUCAUCGACUUUGCAUUGGAAAUUAUUUGAGCACUGUGUGAAUCUAGACACACUUUCAAGCUAUUCGUGGGCAAGAGCUGUUUCAGCCUACAUGAAUGAAUCCUUGACCGCAAAAGCAAAAGCAAAAGCAAAAGCAAAGAAGGGAGGAGAAGCCUCUAUAGGAGCUGUUUCGGGUUGCACUAUCCUAAUAUUGUUUCUACUGUGUGAGAGGACAAACAUCAUACAACCAAUCCUUGGCAAGGAGAAAGAAACUCCUGCCAUUCUUAAAUGGAGUCUUGUGGAACUCCACACAAGAUUCAACCAAAUAAAGGACUUGAAUGACAUCGAGGGUAUUUUUAAAACUCCUAAAAAGCAAAAAACUACCAGGGAAGAGGAAGAUAAUGUUGAGAAGUCUGGUUUAUAG